CCUACAACCUGUGAGCUGUGAUCUUAUCAUGAAAGCGGUCAUCCAACGCUGUCUCUCCGCGUCCGUAGUAGUGGAAGGAGAGACCAUCUCCUCGAUCGGAAAGGGUCUCCUAGUCUUGGUCGGAAUAGGGCACGAUGAUACCCCGUCAGAUAGCUCUCAGUUGAUACGCAAGAUCCUGAAUCUCAGGUUGUUCGAUGCCGACGCCGAGCCCCUACAAGCAGAGACAGGUAUUCUGCAGGGUUCUGCUCCUUCUUCUUCGACGAUGCCGUCGGUAUCACCAGAAACGGGAGUAGCGGAAGGAUCGGUGUCGACUCCGGUCAAAGAACGCUCCCGUGCUUGGAAACGCAGCGUGAUGGACAUCGACGGGGAGGUAUUGUGCGUUUCACAGUUCACGUUGAUGGCACGGACGGAAAAGGGGUCUAAACCCGACUUUCAUCAAGCCAUGCCAGGUCCGUCUUCUAAACCGAUGUACGACGAGUUCCUGGCUGGUCUGGGGAAGGCUUAUAAGCCGGAGAAGAUCAAGGAUGGAAAAUUCGCGGCGAUGAUGAACGUCUCGCUAUGUAACGAAGGACCGGUGACGAUCCUCCUGGACACCAAAUCCAGCUCCAGCUCCUCAACUUCGAAUUCGACUUCUAAUUCCUCGCGGCCCGUCUCGCCGUCCACGUCAAAGGCUCCAAGCAGAGCGGGGACGCCGGCACUACAAGGAUUGACCUUGGAGGAAAAGGCCGAGAAAGGGAAGGAAAAGGCGAGGAUGACGAAGGAGAGGAAGAUCCGAGCGAAGGCGGAAUGGGAGGCUAAGAAGGAGGGAGGUGGUGAUCAAGACGCGCCAAUAAUGACAGCGUCAGACUAGAUUUCAUUGACAGGGAGACGGAACACAACGUUGUAAAGCAAAUGGAACAGAGCAUAGAUCCCACCACACAUAUAUCAGACGACAUAGUGAAGACAAC